CGCGUUCGUCCCCGAGCUAGAGCCGCUGUCACUGUCGCCGUCUCUGAUUGCGCUUGGCUGCGUCUCACCGCCACCAUCAUGCCCCGGGGGAGCCGAAGUGCGACCGCCCGGCCAGCCAGCCGCACUGUUCACCCGCCCGCGCACCCGCCGCCCUCGGCCCCUGCACCGGCCCCCGCCUCGUCGGGCCAGCCCGGCUUGAUGGCGCAGAUGGCGUCCACGGCCGCUGGGGUGGCCGUGGGCUCGGCUGUGGGACACGUCGUGGGUAGUGCCCUGACUGGAGCCUUCAGCGGGGGGAGCUCAGAACCCGCCCAGCCUGCCGCCCAGCAGGCUCCCACCCGGCCUGGCCCCCAGCCUCUGCAGAUGGGGCCUUGUGCCUACGAGAUCAAGCAGUUCCUGGACUGCUCCACCACUCAGAGUGACCUGUCCCUGUGUGAGGGCUUCAGCGAGGCCUUGAAGCAGUGCAAAUACAACCACGGUCUGAGCUCCCUGCCCUGAAGAGACAGGUGCAGACUGGUGCAGAUCCAUGAGCCAGCCCUGCACCCUCCCACCCAUCCUCCCCUCUUCACCGACAGCUGGACCAUGACGUCAGAUUGUACCCACGUAGCUGGGAUUGGGAGUGAGGAGGGGGUUUCUCACCCCGCAAAUGACCGGAGACACAGAUGUGCAAUUAAAAGAGUUUAUUUUAGAGUGUA